CCAGACAUCAAACCUCCGUCAAUUCACUCCGCUACUGCGUCUCCAUCGCAGUACACAUUCUAUCGCCCGUCAUGGCGCUCCGCCAGCUCCCGCCGCUGCUCAACACCCUCCUCCCCGCCGCCAACGCCCCCAUACGCCCCAUCGCCAUACCGCUCCUCCGCCGACUACAUCAGCCACUCUUCGAAUCACUCCGCAUACCAAUUUCCCUAGCCUCGGUCGCAUCCAUCCCAUCAUUGCUCGGCGAUAUAUGGGAAUCAGUGCUACGCGCCGUGCCGAAGAAGAAGACAUCACAUAUGAAAAAGAGGCAUCGGUUCAUGGCAGGCAAAGGAUUGAAGGAUGUCACGGCAUUGAAUCGGUGUUCGGGGUGUGGGAAUAUCAAAUUGGCGAACCAUCUGUGUCCUUACUGCGUGGAAUCGAUAAAGCAAUAUUUCAAGAGGAAGCUGAGAGGGGAUUCGGAUACGGCUGCAGCAAUGAAGAGUGACCAACCAACAGACGGCGAUCAGCCAUCAUAAGCACUGGCACUGGGAGGUAUGGGCAUAUUGCAAGCGCAUUGCGGGAGUUCGGGUACCUUUUUAUCAACACCAUACUGUAUAAACUUGUGAAAUAGGGUUGAAGCGGGAGGAUACGCGUUAAACCACUAUGUAUAAAAUACACCGACC